CGCACUUGAGCUGAUCGAAUUAAACAGUUGCACUGCAAGCAGCCAAACCACAGCAUCAUCUCAUCAUCCACUGAAACUCAAACCACCAGCAAGAUGUACAAAUAUCUGUUCUGCCUCGCUCUCAUCGGCUGCGCCUGCGCCGACAACAUCAACAAGGAUGCCCAGAUCCGCAGCUUCCAGAACGACGCUUCUGAUGCCGAGGGCAACUAUCAGUUCGCCUACGAGACAAGCAACGGUAUCCAGCACCAGGAGGCGGGCAACGCCAACGGUGUUCGUGGAGCAAUUAGCUAUGUAUCGCCCGAGGGCGAACCAAUCUCGCUGACCUACACCGCCGACGAAGAGGGAUACCAUCCGGUGGGCGAUCACCUGCCCACGCCGCCCCCAGUUCCCGCCUACGUGCUCCGCGCCCUGGAAUACAUUCGCACUCAUCCUCCGUCGCCAGCCCAGAAGGAUCAGCAGUAAAUUGGAGGAUCCAGCCACAGAAACAGAUUCCGGAACUGCAACCAGUCAUUGUUAUUUAGAGACAUACAAUUGUACGUUAAACUAGUAGUUAUCUAUAAUAAAGCGCGUCAAUACAGGAAAAUAAAUCUGCCUCUGCGUUGUAAUUAA